GCGAUAACCUUUACAAUAUCUCGUUUGAAUAAAGCCGGCGAGCAUCAGUUGUGUGUUGUUUCUCUGUGAAGUGAUACCAAGGUGUGUCGAUGUCUGCGGAGUACAGCGCGAGGAUCACGGUGACGGGAGGCCUGGAGGGCAACGGGGAUGUGUACAAGAAGACUUUCAAUGGGAGCUGCAAGGUGGGGCUCAAGAAGGGAAAGGGCUCCAUCGCCCAGAGAGCUGAAGCGUACUUGCAGGCUGUGAGCAAGAGUCAGGGGCCGCCGCCCAAGGUGACUGCAUCAUCGAAGCCACAGCUGCCGCGGUUGGAGGUGGUGUCGCGGGUCGCCGCAAUCCCCAUCGUGGAGUCCGGGCUCGGGGUCACCGAGAAGAUAUACUUCACGAUCAAGGAGUCGAACCCCCUAUUCCGCUGGUACCUGUCGCUGUACGAGAAGACGCUGAGCACGGGCGUCCAGCUGGCGCUGCCAGCAGUGCAGCUGCUGGAGUCGCCCAUCCAUCAGCUGGACCGGUUCCUGUGCGCGUCGCUGGACGUGGUGGAGAAGCGAGUGCCCUCUAUACACCUGCCGCCGCAAACUAUGUACAGUGAAACCCGACAGUUCGUGCUCCGGCGGGCGGACUCCGUGAAGCAGCUUGGCACAGCCGUGCUGGACUCUCGCGUGACCUGCGCGACCGCCAGCGCGCUGGACCGCGCGCUGUCCACCGCCGACAAGUACGUCGACAAGUACCUGCCGCCCGACACCAAGGACCCCAUUGACGUGAGCAUCAUAGUGCAAGACGCGUCGUGCGCCGGGUCGGGCGGGCGCGCGGCGGCCGCGCAGGCCGUGCAGCACGGCGCGCGCCUGCGCCGCAAGCUGCAGCGGCGCCUCACGCGCCAGGCGCUCGCCGAGGCCAAGGCCAUCCGCGAACAGAUACACGUGCUCGUCUACGUGGCGGAACUGGUGGCCACCGACCCGGUGUUGGCGUGGAAGAAGGCCAAGCAGCUGUACUCGUCCCUGAGCCAGCCGGAGCCGGAGAACCAGGCGCGGCCGGAGACUCUGGAGCAGCUGGUGGUGCUGCUGGCGCGCGAGACGGCCCGCAAGGUGGUGCACCUCGUCAACUACACGCACACCGACCUACCCAGAAACGUGAGCACGGGCUUGGCGAUGGUGACUAAGCAUCUCUCCAGCGCCGCUGACGCGCUUCUCAAGACGCUGCCGGUAGACUCCGCGCUGGCCGAGGUCCGCGGCUGGAGGAGCAAGCUGGAGCAGCUGCUGCACCAGCUGCAGGCCAGCUCUAAGGUCUACUUGGAACACCUAGCCAUCUUCCUCGCGGGCAACGAAGAGAGAGAGAAGAUCGCGCCGCGCUCCUCGCUCGAGCAGCGUGAAGACCUCGCCGCCAUUAACGGAGUCAACUAGUAGUCAACUGUUUACUUGUUUACCAUCUUCCCUCGUCUGCC